UGUCACACUGGCACACGGGAACAAGCGAACAGCUGAGCGGCGACUCCGUCUCCUCCUGCCAUUGCAAACGCAGCGCUGAGACGAGAACCUGCAACGACAGAAGAAGAGAACAGCGAACUUACUCGAGAGAUUAGCCUCCACAUGUCCCACCGGCUGCUGCAGGAGCUCUGUCACACUUUGUAAAGCUCUGCAGCCGGAAGGUUUUAGUCCUGGGAGCAGGAUCAUUACGCGCUCUCCUUCGCUUCUUCUCCAGCCCGUGUGCGCGCCACACUCCGUCAGUCCGUGGAUUGCCACAGUGGAUGGUCAGCAGCCCUCAGAGCCGUGCCUCCGGGCUGCCAAGCUAAGAAAAAUGCCGGGCGAUGGAUUCACCAUUAAAAGUCGCAUUAGGAAGUUGCUGCGUUCUCCAGCCACCGGAAAGAAGAACUGCAAAGAAAAUCUCACCAGCAAGGUGACUCUAGAGAAAGUGUUGGGCAUCACCUCUUCAGGAAACAGCGCUCUGGCCUGCGACCCUCGAUCCGGACUUGUGGCCUAUCCUGCAGGGUGUGUGGUAGUCUUACUGAACCCCAAAAAGAACAGACAGCACCACAUUAUCAACACUUCAAGGAAAACCAUCACAGCUCUGUCUUUUUCCCCUGACGGCAAACACUUGGUGACAGGAGAGAGUGGUCACCUACCGGCGGUGAGAGUAUGGGACGUGGCAGAGCGGAAGCAAGUGGCCGAGCUCCAGAAGCACAAGUACGGCGUCUCCUGUGUGGCUUUCUCCCCCAAUGGCAAAUACAUAGUCAGUGUAGGAAAUCAACAUGACAUGAUGGUCAACGUCUGGGCGUGGAAGAAAGAUGUAAUAGUGGCCGCUAACAAGGUGUCCAGUAAGGUGAAAGGUGUGUCUUUCUCCGAGGACAGCUCCUACUUUGUCACAGUGGGGAACAGGCAUGUCAAGUUCUGGUAUCUGGACCACUGCAAGGCCAACAAGGCCAGCGCUCCUGUGCCUCUGCUGGGCCGCUCCGGGCUGCUGGGAGAGCUGAGGAACAAUUUCUUCUGUGAUGUAGCUUGUGGACGUGGCUCUAAAUCAGACUCCACUUUCUGCAUUACUUCCUCUGGCCUGCUGUGUGAGUUUAACAGCAAGAGGAUGCUGGACAAGUGGGUGGACCUUCGGACUGGGCUGGCUCAGUCGCUCUCUCUGUCUGAAGAUAUGAUCUUCUGCGGCUGUGCCGAUGGAACGGUGCGAGCCUUCAGACCCGCUGACUUGCACUUUGUGUGCACGCUGCCACGGCCGCACCCCCUUGGCUCUGACGUCUCCUCCAUGACUGAGGCCAGUCAUCUGUUCAACGCCACAGCGGAUGCCCGUUACCCAGACACCGUUGCCGUUACCUAUGACCCCGUCAGCUGCCAGCUCAGCUGUGUAUAUAAUGACCACAGCCUGUAUGUGUGGGACGUGAGAGAUGUGCAGCGAGUGGGGAAGGUGCACUCUGCCCUCUUUCAUCCCGCCUGUGUCUGGGACCUGGAGGUGUUUCCAGAUGUUCCAGAAGAAGUGGCUUCUGGUUUGUCAUCAGGCGCAUUCCUCACUAGUUCAGCUGAUAAUACCGUGAGAGUGUGGCGCAUGGACGACUGGACACAAACUCAUUCUCCAAACAUCCUGAGCCAAGAUCUUUUGAAUAUAAUAUACAUCGACGGGAACACCAGCACCUUGCAGGAUUCAGAGUGCGUAACAAGUGCGAAUUCAGAGAUCAAGUCGGGGGAUGGACAGACAGCGGAAAUCAGGACGGGCAUCAGGACCAUCUGUGUCAGCCCAGACGGCAAACACCUGGCAUCUGGAGAUCGCAACGGCAUGCUGAGGGUUCAUGACCUCAGCAGCAUGGAGGAGAUUCUUAAGGUGGAAGCCCAUGAUGCUGAGAUCCUCAGCCUCGAAUACAGUAAACCAGAAACAGGUCUGAAGCUGCUGGCCACAGCCAGCAGGGAUCGUCUGAUCCACGUCUUGGAUGCAGAAGACGACUACAGUCUGGUGCAAACACUCGACGAACACUCUUCAUCCAUAACAGCCGUCCGCUUUGCUGCCAAUGACAACAAGGUGAGAAUGAUCAGCUGUGGGGCAGACAAGAGCAUCUAUUUCCACACAGCACACAAGACCGACAGAGGAACAGAGUUCAAGCGUUCCCACCACAUGGUGAGGAAGACCACGCUUUACGACAUGGACGUAGACGCCACCUGCAAGUACGCCGCUGUUGGCUGUCAGGACCGCUGCAUCAGGAUUUUCAACAUCAGCAGCGGCAAACAGAAAAAACUCUACAAAGGAUCUUUGAGUGAAGAUGGAAGUCUGCUCAGGGUUCAGAUCGAUCCCUCUGGUCAAUACGUGGCCACCAGCUGCUCCGAUAAAAACAUCAGCAUCUUUGACUUCUACACCGGGGAGUGUGUGGCCACUAUGUUUGGACAUUCUGAAAUCGUCACUGGGAUUAAGUUUACCAGCGAUUGCCGGCAUUUGAUUUCUGUAUCGGGAGAUAGCUGCAUCUUUGUGUGGAGGCUGUCCCCGGAGCUGACAAUCACCAUGAGAGAGAGGCUGCACCAGCUCAGAGAAAACCCAAACACACCACCCAGCAAAACCUCCAGUCUCAGGCGUGAGGUGUACAGCGCUCCCGCACUGGGUGGUCUGUCCUCUGACAGCGACCGUGAACACGAGGAGGACGACAGAGCGGCGAACGACGAUGCCAAUGACCCCGAAGACAACGCGACCCAUUCUUCUUCCGCCAGCAGCCACGAAGAGGAGGACACAGGAGGCUCAGAUGAAGGACAGGACUGGGAGCUGACAAAGCAUGGAGUCGUCAGCCAAGUCAUCCCUGAGUCCUCAAAGCGUCCCCGGAGGCGUUGGUCUCAUCGUAUGGGCUCAUUGGAAGUGAUGGUUAAAUCCAUGCUGGACCUGAGGCAACUGGAAACCUUUGCUCCGAAGAAAAACCCCAGCUGCCCCCCACAUGACAGAGAGAGGCAGAGCUCGCUCGGCCUCCAAGAGCCUGUGAUGGGAGAGAGACCCAGGAGACAUCGACCCUGGCCGGACGCCGACUGGCUGUCCUCGCACACUUCCAGGGACACCAAGGGGACAGAUGUGCUCUAUCCUGAGGAAAAGGAGGACGACACAAGUCCUCUGGACAGCGAUUACUGCAGGAUGCAAGGACGAGGGAUCCGUAGUGAGAGCCAGGACAGCCGCAGCCCAGACAGCGCUUGCUCUUUGGAUUAUGACAGCAGAGAGUCCAGCCCAGAUCAUAUUUUGGAUGAUCCUGCAGAGGCAGAGUAUCUGAGUCAGGACAGCUCGGAUGAGGAGAAUGUCGAGAAGGAGGAGGACGCGGAGCGAAGGGAAGGGGUGACGAGCAUGGACGAGGCUCUCAGGACAAUAACGGACAGUGGCGGAUGCGAUCGAGCGGAUUUCCUCAAGCAGAACUUUGAGACGCUGUCGGAGGGCUGCACUACAGCUGAGCAGAGCACAGUCCCGAGGCUCAGUAUGUCUUCACGCUUCCUGGCCAGAGGACAUAAUAACCGAGACGUGCUUCUGUUUGCCAAAGCGAAUGGGAAGGAACAAGGCGGCCGCUCCAUUAAGCCCCCGGUGUCAAAAGUGCGGCCCUUGAUGGAAGAUGGCGUAGGCGGGAAUGCAGAAAAUAAGAGUCCCGUGUCCCCUGGAAAAGCUCAAGAGCCAAACAGGGCUCCGGAGAGAAGCAGUCCUCCUGCGCUUAGACCCCAGAAGAAGACGACCACAGGGUCCCACCUCUGGAGGUUUUCUAAUCCUCCCCCCAAAGCUUCGCUGCUGCUGGACAGGACGGCGUGCAUCCAAAAAUCGCGCUCUGCCCAGGACUUGGCCACGCGCUCUCUUUCCUCCCCUAUGCCCUCUAGUGACCAGAGGGAGUUGCACAAGAGACCUCAGCAGCCUUUCCUCAAUGAACCCUCUCCCAGACCUUCCUCGUGCUUUUCUUCACACUCCUCUGGGUCCCCACAGUCAUCCCAGUCCCCACUUCCGUGGGAGAGCCCUAAACUCAAGCCCCAGCACUCUUACAUGAACCCCACUGCUAGCUCCGUGGCAAAAAGCCGGUCCUCCUCUUUUGGAGAUGCCGUCCAUAUAGUGACCCCGCCAGGCUCCCCCUUCUUCUCCAAGAGGAGGAGGAGGUCGUCUGUGGAGAUAGAAACUGAGCCUCCCGUGCUCGCCUCAUCUCCUGUCCUGAUUUUCCCAUCCUCCGUGCCGUCAAAAUCAUCCCUUCCACUAUCAAACAGUCCCUCCUUGACUCCACCUCAUCCUACAGCCAGCCAGAACGUCCCUCCUUCUCGCAUCCCACUUCCUAAGCAGCCGCUCAGCCCUCGACGCAGCCUGUGCCUGGAGGUGAAGCCAAGCUCAAGUUGGUCUGGAAGUAUCAGCAGGGCUUCUACUCCUACAACAGACCCCGGAUGUCACCAUAGAGCUACUCCCCUAAACAAACAAGCAUUAGGCAGGCACCUGUCUCUAAGUUUGGAUUCCUCUUUGUCAUGUUCCAUGCCUGUGAAGCAGAAAAGGGACUCGGUUUCUGAGAGUGCCAAGGAGCCAGGUCAGGUGGCUGUAGCUAAAGAGUGCCCUCUGGUGCCUGAACAGGCCCACACAUCAAGCCCACAGCCAGAUCGCUCAGUCACCUUGGAAACUUGUAGGCAGGUUGUUACCGACCUUCACAGCAGUCUGCGGAAAACUGUCAUGUUGUACACUACGGUACUACAGCAUAGCCAACAGACCAGUGAAGAUCAACAUGAGAUGAGGAGCAUCCUGUCCAAGGCGCUGCUUACAGUUAAGGAUGAGCUGGACUCUCUGCCUCAUCCCUCCUCACCCCAAUCUGAAGGGCCCCCAGGGGUAAACGGUGACGGAGAGAAGGCCCUGGCUCUGCUGGAGCAGUACGCUGAGCUGCUGGUGAAGUCUGUAGAAAAGAGACUAGACACCAAGACCUGAAGAGAUAGACUAAUGUUUGCAGGGCCCAUAAACCAGGAGGAGAAAGAGAGACGAAGACUCUAUAGCACUCUUAAAUGCACAAUUGUUGUUGUUGUUUUUUGCACAGAGACCAUUUGGAAAAUAGAUGUUGAGUAUUAUUGUCUAGAAUAUAUAUAUAUAUAUAUAUAUAUUUUUUUUUUUUUUUUAAUUGCCUUACUUUCACAUUGCUGUUGCUCUCCUUUGUCUGUGGAGCAUUUUUCUAAGUGAAUGUUACAAAGGGAAACACUGGAGGGACAAAGGUGAUGAAGUCACGUGAAGAGCAGAGGUAGUCCAAAACUAGAAGACUACAUGGGUUUAAAAAUAUGCCACAGUUUUUGUUAAUUAUACACACAACUUUUAUUUAUUUAUUUUUUUCUGCUAUUAAAUUGUUACUAAUUGGAUGAGAGUAAUAUUUUUUUAAGCAAAGUAAAUAUAUGCGGAUAUGAAUGUACUGAGAUGUUUUUAGUUUUUACUGAAUUUAAAAAAAAAUUAUGUCCAUAAGAUGAAGCUCAUCAUUAUUUGUUUCCAGUAUAAAUAUCCAGGCUCAAAAUUCCGCCUCGUCAUCUGUGUAGCUGUUCUGUUUUGUGGAAGUUGAAGCCUUGACCCAAAUGUGAUGUUAGCUUAAGGGUCUGGUACAAUAUCUAUAAUUUAACAAUAUGCUGCUCUUGAGGUAAAAAUGCUAACGUUUGGGCUUAAAGGAGUGAGGACAGAAAUGGUUUCACUGAGUUUUUACUGUAGGAAAGAGCUUUUCAGGCUACCUCUGUCAGUCGUGUAAUUCAUAUUUUUGCGCUGAUGGUGUUUUCCUUGUAAAACUCACUGUAACUUUGGUGAAACGAUUGCUUGUCGACAUGUAUCACACAGUCAAUCAUCCAGUUAGUUCCUUUUAUACGU